AUGAAAACAAUUUCAAAUCCUAAAUUUCGAUCGGACACGAAACAAAUACUUCGUCUAUGUUUUCCAUAUAUAUUUAGUUAUGUUCUCGAACUAUUAUUGCUACCAGCCAUUUCGAAUGUUUUCAUGGGAUGGAUUGGUCAACAGGAAUUUAAUGCAUGUGCAUUAGGACGAAUUCUCUAUUUAUUAUUUGCAUAUUCUUGUCAUUUUGGAUUAACAUAUGCUUGUGAUACGCUAUUAAGUCAAGCUUAUGGCGGAAACAAACGGCAAAUGGAUAUUAUAAUUCAACGAGCUUUUUUACUUGGAGCUUUUGCUGUUAUGUUUGCCUGGAUAUUUCUUGUCAACAUUCAAUAUUUUACACGAUUUAUCGGAAAAGAUCAACAAUCAAUUCAAUUGAUUAAUCGAUAUUUGUUAUUUUCAAUAAUUAUGGUUCCAUUCGAAGCAUUUUCAAUACUUAUGCAAAAAUUUGUUAUCAAUCAUGGUGUUACGUGGCCAUUAUUAGCCAUAAAUAGUAUUGGAAAUGUUGUUAAUGUUGUAGCUCAUUGUUUAUUAUUAUUUGUAUUCAAGUUUGGCGUUGCAGCACCACCAAUCGCUUUCGCUUUUGCUUAUUUGACAAUAGGUUUAUCAUGCAUUAUCUAUCUUCGACUAACAUCUUUAUCAAAAGAAACAUGGCAAUCAUGGAGACGGGACUGUUUGCAAGAUUGGUCAACAUAUAUGAGAUUAGGUGUUCCCGGAGUAAUCAUAAGUUUUCUUCAGACUCUUGUCUAUGGUGGUGCUAUCCUAUUGGCAACUGUAUUCAAUAAAGAUGCUAUAACAUCACAAAAUGUUGUUUUUCAUGUUGAUUUUUGUAUUUUUCUUAUUACACUCGCAUUUGCUGUUAGUGCAACUAUUGUUUUGGGACGAUGUCUUGGGGCUAAUUCAUAUGAAAAUGCUAUACAAGUUAAAAAUACGAUUUAUAUCAUUGUUUGGAUUCCAAUUAGUUUAACAAUUCUAUGUAGUUUACUUGUUAUCUACUGGAUUCCAUAUGUAUUUCACACACCUGAAUCAGCUCGUAGUUCAACUCGUUAUUUAUUACUAAUUGUAAUUAUUUUCUGUGCAUUUGAUUUCUAUCAUUUAUCGCAAGCAAGUAUAUUGCGUGCCUGUGGAAGACAAUAUUUUGAUGCUAUAGUUUCAUUUUCAUCGUACUUUUUCGUGGGUAUCCCGAUGGGAGUUCUUUUUAUAUUUGUUUUACAUUUAAAUAUGGCUGGUUAUUGGUUUGCUAUAAUCUCGAGUUUAAUCGUGACGAAUAUUGUAUUUUAUAUAUAUAUUCGAAAGAUUAAUUGGAUUGAACAAGCAGAAAGAGCACAGGUCAAUAUUUUGUCGAAGAAAGAAGCUGUUCCGGAACGAACAUCCUUAUUAUCAGACAAUGCUAUGAAAAAUGAACUGCCAAUAUGGAAUCUAUUGAAGAAAAAGUUGUGUGUGUUUUUUUUACUUUUCCUACUAUUUGUAUUUUGUUUGGUUUUUCGUUUGAAGUAUGAAGAUGUCUUUUAA